AACAAGUGAGUACUGUUACUCGGUCACUGUACGCUUGUCGUUUCACGUCGAAGUUUGCCAGUUGACUGUGAAUUAAGCCGUUGGGGGCUCGAGUCGGACUUGUUUCUGUUCACUGGAAGAAAUUGUUUUACGAAGAUUUCUGUUCCCACCACGUUUUUGAAGAAGAUCCAGACAGGAAAAUGUUCGCGAGGCUAUCAUUCUACCCGACGCUCCUCUACAACGUGUUGAUGGAGAAAAUGACGAGCCGCAACUGGUACGACAGGAUCGACGAUACUGUAAUUCUAGGCGCGUUGCCUUUCCGCAGCAUGACCGACAAGUUAAUAAGUGAAGAAAACGUGAGAGGAGUUGUUUCUAUGAACGAGGAUUAUGAACUUUACCUGUUUUCCAAUAGCUGUGCAGAGUGGAAAGACAGAGAUGUUGAAUUUCUCCAGCUUAGUACAAGAGAUAUUUUUGAAGCACCAUGCCAAAAUAAGUUAAACCAAGGGGUACAAUUCAUAAACAAGUUCCGCAAUACAAAUUUCAGCGUUUAUGUGCAUUGCAAAGCUGGUCGUACACGCAGUGCUACUUUAGUUGGAUGCUAUCUCAUGUCGAAAAACGGUUGGAAUCCAGAAGAAGCAGUUGAUUACAUGAGACAGAAACGGGCUCACAUUCUAUUUCAUGCCAUCCAAUGGGAAGCGAUGAGAACGUACUACGCCAACAGUAAUAAAAAGGGUACAUCUGAAUUGUCGAACAACACACCUGUUACAACUCUGUCAAAAGAAAAACCACCACUGCCUUCCGUACAGCCUACGUCACAAGAGUCGUCUGGAAGUACAUGAGAUAAAAAAUGUAUUUAUUAUAACUAAAGGUGGUAGAAGAAAUGACGUAAUGGGGUCCGUGGAACGGUUCUUCACAUAUUUACGACUGAGGUGAAGCAAACUGGACUUAUACAAAUGUAAUACAGUGAAAUAGUUCAAUAUUUGUCAAAAUUAUUUUCCUUGUUUUAAUUGCCAUACAUUUUUUUUCAGAAAAACUUGUUUUUUUUUGUAUCAUUAAUUUAAAAUUGUAUUGAUAUCAAUUUCAGUUAGUAUAAACUUUCUGUGAUAUAUGUUGAAAAGCUUUAAAUUUUUUAAAACAUGCAAGAAAUUAAAAUUUGUAAACAUUCCCUAAAAACCAAUGUCUCAGAUUGGCAAAAAAAAAAAAAAAA